UAUUAACAAAUUUUCAAUCAAACCUCUCUAUCUUUAUAUUAUAGAGCUGUGGCGACGAUGAUGAUGAUGAUAAACCCAAAAGAACUUUAAAGGAUAAGAAGAAACGAAAAGGCUCAAAUUACGAAAAUUUGAGAUCCAGUCUCAUUCUCUUUCAUCAGUCUCCCGAUUUCGGAUUUCACCUUCUCCCGAUUCCAUCGAUAUCUCAAGCACAUGGAUGCUCGAAAGAGAGGACGCCCUGAAGCACACAACUCCAAUGGCGGAGGAUACAAGAGGUCUAAGCAAGAGAUGGAAUCAAAUUCUACUGGUUUAGGAAGCAAAUCCAAGCCAUGCACUAAAUUUUUCAGGUACGUAGCACUCUGUUCAUCCUUAAACACUCAAAUCACUUCUGGAUGUCCGUUUGGUGACAAUUGCCACUUCUUGCACUAUGUACCUGGUGGAUACAAUGCUGCAGCGCAGAUGACAACUCUCCGGCCAUCAGUUGCUCAAGUUUCCAGAAAUAUGCAAGGAUCUGGUGGUGCGGGUGGUAGAUUCUCAGGGAGAGGGGAUCCAGGAUUAGGCCCUGUAUCAGUCUUUGGUGCUUCUGCUACUGCCAAGAUCAGUGUAGAUGCUUCUUUAGCUGGUGCCAUCAUUGGAAAAAGUGGAAUCCAUUCAAAGCAGAUAUGCCGUCAAACAGGAGCAAAACUGUCAAUAAAAGAUCACGAAAGAGACCCAAACUUGAAGAUUAUAGAGCUAGAUGGAACAUUUGAGCAGAUCAAUGUAGCGAGUGGGAUGGUGAGAGAGCUUAUAGGGAGGCUUGGAUCAGUCAAGAAACCUCAAGGGAUUGGUGGUUCUGAAGGGAAACCACAUCCUGGGAGCAGCUACAAGACCAAGAUCUGUGACAGGUUCCUUAAAGGGAACUGUACAUAUGGAGAUAGAUGCCAUUUUGCGCAUGGUGAAGCCGAGCUGCGCAGGUCAGGAAUGGCGUAGUUAUGUCUUUAGACUCUUGAACAGAUUAUGCGUUUGUGUUUCUGUAUGGGGUAAGGCAUUGUUAGCUCCAUUCUCAAUUUAUCAUUGUGACCUUUUGCUCUGUUUUUUGAAAACUUAAGACUAAUUGGUAAACUUUAGAUCUGUGCUUUUACUUAUUAUCACAGUUAAAAGCUAAGUGCACAUUUAGGUU